AUGUCUUGGUUAUUUGGUUAUGGAAAACCUACUGUUACACCUCCGCCCCCUCCAUCUCAGAAGGACCAGAAAAAAAUUGAAGAAGCUGUAUCGAGUUACCGGUUUGAUUCGGCUGCUCUAGAGCGUGCUGCCAAGGCAGCGAGAGAAUUGGAGAAACAUGCGAAGGAGGCGUUUGAACUUUCUCAGAAACAUGAACAGACGUUACAAUUAGAGUACCAAGCCAAGUUGAAGGAAUACGAACUAGGGAUGGAGCAAAUGAAAAUUCAGCAGUAUCGCGCUCAACAAGAAGAACGUAGAAAAACACUGGAACAGGAAGCUCAGAUACAGAAGCAAAGGGCUGACUACCAGGAUAUGCUUGCACGUAAAAGACAAGAGGAUCAAGUGGCUUUGCAGGCCAAAUCUCAAGAAGAUAUUCUCAGAAAGCAAGAAGAAUCAGUCAAAAAACAGGAGGCUAUGCGUAGAAAUACGAUCGAAUAUGAGGCGGAAUUGCGCCACAAAAAUGAAAUGAAACAGAUUGAAGCAAAGUUGCGUGGCGAAGCUCAAGUCGAAAGGGAAAACAGGGAGCUGCGCCUGGAACGGGCUCGACUGGAUGCUCGUGAGCAUCGUCAGACGAUCUUGGAAUCCAUAUCUACCGCGGGAUCCGUUUUGGGCUCAGGGUUCAAUGCAUUUAUUUCAGAAAGAGAUAAGGUGGCCACUGUUGUAGGCUCAUUAACCUUAUUGGCUGGUGGAGUGUAUGGUGCAAAAUAUGGCAUAGGCACGAUGGCGCGUUUAGUCGAGUCGCGCAUUGGGAAACCAUCGCUUGUUCGCGAUACAUCUCGUUUCAACUUCGUCGACGCAAUCAGACACCCAAAACUAUUUAAUCGGCCUUCCGAUCCUCUUUCAGGGAUCAUACUACAUCCUUCGUUGGAAGCUAAACUUCGCAAGGUGGCCAUUGCUACUCGGCACACGAAAGCAAACAACGGAUUUUACCGAAAUGUUUUGAUGGCCGGACCUCCUGGAACAGGAAAGACCAUGUUCGCUAAGAGUUUGGCGAGACACUCCGGUAUGGAUUAUGCCAUCCUGACGGGUGGAGAUAUUGCCCCAAUGGGGAACGAAGGUGUAACCGCUGUUCACAAAGUUUUUGAUUGGGCUGCCACUAGUAAAAAGGGUGUGCUAUUGUUUGUUGAUGAAGCAGACGCAUUUCUGCGUAAACGUGAACAGGAGAGGAUAAGCGAAGGCCUUCGUGCCACUCUGAACGCAUUCCUUUAUCGAACUGGUGAACAUGCGUUUUAUUUGCGACGCAUCUUUGCUAUUCCGAUUGCUGGAACUAUCGGAAAAGGUCCAUUAUAUUUUCUACGUGGUGUAUUAAGUAUUGACCGAACCUGUCAAAAUGUUCGUAAAAGUUCUGGCCUCUGUAUGACUCACUGGCAAACA